AUGUACAUUUUCUAUGCUAUCUCCAUUCUUGCCAUCCUUCUCGCUCAAGUCUUUGCUGCCGUCCAUGUGGUCACGAUCAAGGACUUCAAAUUCGUGCCUCAAGUGGUCAACAUAAAUCCCGGUGAUAAGGUCACUUGGACCAACAAUGACAGUGCAGACCACACAGCUACUGCGGACGCUGGUUCUUUCGAUUCCGGCCUCAUCGCCACGGGCAAGUCGUUUUCUCACACUUUCACAACCGCCGCCACUCUGUCGUACCAUUGCACCAUUCAUCCCUACAUGCUGGGCACUGUCAAGGCCGCUUCUUAA